UCUCAGUCACCGCCGGAUGGGAGGAGAGGAGGAGUAUAGAUGAGAGAGAGAGAGACAGAGAGGGAGAGAGAGGGAGGUAAGAGGUGGAGGAACGGGUAGUUAAGAAAUAAAGGUGUAGCCGACACGAAGGCAGUCAAACGAGGGGUUUAUAUCUCUAAAUGCUUUUCACAGGGCUUUGCAGGUUAUUCUAAGCAGAGCAUGCAGGGAGUCAUUCACUGUUUCUGACGCGUAAGGCUGCCCUUGUACGCCGUUGGGCAUCACCGCCGAUAAAGGAUGAUCCGUUUGAUUAUCUAGCGUGAAUUGAUGACAAAGUCUCCUUACAAUCCACAGUGAAGAAAGAGGAGGAGGCAAACUAUGAUCCGAGGAUGAUUUCUGCUAAGAAAACUCCGGAGAAGAGUCGCUAUCCUAUCCACUAUUUGGUGUGGCACAACAAACACCGACAGCUGGAGAAGGAGCUGGCAGCGAACGAGCAGACUGAUUUAGAGUCUCUGGACCCUCGUGGGCGGACUCCUCUCCACCUGGCUGUCACGCUGGGCCACCUGGAAUGUGCCAGGGUCCUGCUGCAGCACGGAGCUGAUGUUAGCAAGGAGAACCGCAAUGGAUGGACCGUUCUUCAGGAGGCAGUGAGUACAAGAGAUCCGGAGUUGGUGCGUCUCGUGCUUCGCUACCGUGAUUACCAGAGGACUGCCAAGAGACUUGCGGGCAUCCCCGUCCUCCUGGAGCGACUGCGCCAAGCCCAGGACUUCUAUGUGGAGAUGAAAUGGGAGUUUACCAGCUGGGUGCCCCUGGUGUCUCGUAUCUGCCCCAGCGACACCUACAGAGUGUGGAAGAGUGGUCAGUGUCUUCGCGUUGACACCACCCUGAUGGGCUUCGAGCAGAUGACCUGGCAGAGAGGAAACCGGAGCUUCAUUUUCAGGGGACAAGAGUCCAGCGCAGAGGUGAUGGAAGUCGACCAUGACAGGCAGCUGGUGUUCUGCGAGACCUUGUGUGUCUCGUCUCUCGCAACGCUCUCACCUGGCAGGGGGAAGGGCGGCGCCUGCAGCAGCGACCCCGCCGGUUUGGACCGUCUGGGGGCGACGCAGCCCAGCGAUGAGCAGGUAGCAGCCAGGCUGUCUGCCGCCGUGGUGACUACUCAGCUGGACACCCGCAACAUCGCCUUCGAGAGGAACAAGACAGGUAUACUGGGCUGGAGGAGCGAGAAGACUGAGACAGUGAAUGGAUAUGAAGCCAAGGUGUACGCAGCAUCCAAUGUGGAGCUGAUCACCAGGACCAGAACUGACCAUCUGUCAGAUCAGAACAAGAACAAGACAAAAGGUGGGAAGACUCCACUGCAGAACUUCCUUGGGAUUGCUGAGCAACACAUGGGACCGAAUAACGUCGCCCUGGUGACCCAGAUGACGUGUCCUGUGACGACCAACCCCGCAGCGCUGACAGCUGAGGAAUACUUCAACCCCAGCUUGUCACCGACUCAGAGGGACAUUGGCCACCCGUGCCAGCUCACCACCAAGACCCAGAGGUUUAAAGCCAAGUUGUGGUUGUGCGAGUCCCACCCUCUGUCCCUGGCAGAACAAGUGGUGCCGAUCAUCGAUCUCAUGGCAAUCUCCAACGCCCUGUUCGCAAAGCUGCGAGACUUCAUCACUCUGCGUUUGCCGCCUGGCUUCCCUGUCAAGAUCGAGAUCCCUCUCUACCACAUCCUAAAUGCCAGGAUCACCUUCAGCAACCUGAACGGCUGCGAGGAAGGGACUGGCGUCCGGGCUGACAACGAAGUGGGGGUGGAGGGGGACGGACAGAGGGACACCCCGAGGACAGACACCCCAUCUCCUGGCAGUGACUCCUCCAGCGUCUCCAGCUCCAGCUCCACCAUGUCAUGUCGAGCCGGAGAGAUUCCCCCAUGUGUGUUUGAGCCCCCGCCUGGAUACUCCAUGCUCGGGGGCAAACAGAGAGACAGCAUGAGGGAUGAGGAGGAGGACCUGCUGCAGUUUGCCAUACAGCAGAGUCUGCUGGAGGCCGGCUCCGAAUAUGAUCAGGUGACCAUCUGGGAGGCGCUGACCAACAGCAAGCCAGGAACACACACUCUGCCCCCUGAGCCAAGUCGUCUGGAGAGGACCCCCCAGCACAAGCCCCGAGCCCCCUCCAGCCUCUGCUCCACCCCCUCCAAGAAGCAGCCGACCACCUGCAGCUACGACGAGCAGCUGCGCAUUGCCAUGGAGAUCUCGACUCGAGAGCAGGAAGAGGCGGAGCUCCGGCGGCGGCAGGAAGAGGCAGAGCUGCAGCGCAUCAUCCGGCUGUCACUCAUGGAGAAAUGAGAGCCGAGUGGCCCAGCGGGGGUCUGAGGGGAGGGGUCUGGACCAAGGACACAUGGGAGAAAAGGGCAGUAUAGGGUACUUAUUAAGCACACUCAAUUGGCCUCCUCCUUUCUCUCCCAUCUCCCUCGCCAGACCUUUCCCAUGAAGCCAUACAGUGAUCUGGUUCUCGAGCCUCAGACAGCCAGAGAGACACGUCAGUUUCCUCUUUCUGGUGCCACGUGGUACUGUCAUUUCUCGACCCGUGCCAGUUUACAACCAACAAUACAUCCAAUACAACAAGUUUAGUGGAAUGCCUCUUUGGAUGAGUGAUUUCUGUCCGUUUGCAAGUAUGUGUGUGUAUAUCUGUGUGUGUCUUUCAAAACCAGCUCUCAGCACAGUUGUCAACAGGUCACCUUCUGUCCUGAAAACAUACUGUGUUAGGCCCGACUCUCUGCACACGCACACACACACACACACACACACACACACACACGCGCUCAGUGUUGUAACACCGAGUUGUGUGGUUUUCAGUCUUAACUAUUUAAAAAACGGUUGUGUUUGCAGAGCAGGACCAGUGGUGUUGGAGAAUACUGUAACCUUCUCGAUCAAGUCGAGUUGAAUGUUGAUAAACAUGACAUUUAAUGAUAGUCAUUUUAAAAAAAAAAGUGUUUAAGUUACAUUUUUUUUUUAUUUGCACAAAAUCCAGAUGUACUGUAUUUAGCUUGUGGGCAGAUCACGUACAGUAUAUGACUGUUGCUGGAUGUAGAUGACGAGUAUGAGCACAAGCUAAAGGUUUAGCCCGACAAUCACAGAUUUGAUGAGGCUGCCAGAUGAACUCUUGGUGCACUAACUAUAUUGUAUGUGACUGAAUGAGUUUGUGGCUGGCCUGUGUGUAAUUAAAACUAAAAAGGGACUUGAUAGUGCUUUGUCAGUGGACUGUGGAAUAGAAAUGUUUGUGUACUUUUGCAUCCUCUCACCUCACGUGAGCGGAGGAUUUCUUCAAAGUCACGGUACAAUGUGUGCAAUAUUUCAGCAUGGUCUGCACACGUGUGAGGUUCAUUUUGUACGACUUGAGUCUAGCCUGGAGUCCUGCAACAUCAGAGCACGCUCUCUGAGUGAAAGGAUCACUGUAGAGGCGAUUGACAGCAAUUUGAGAUUUUACUCUACAAGCAAGCUGGUUCAACAACACAGAAUGUUGAAAACAAAUCUAAAAUCGCCCCAAAAACAACAACUGUGGAGCAUUUUGUUCUUGGAUUGGAGGUAUUGUUCAGUCUGGCUCUCAUUAUGUAAGUAACAUGUUGCAGGGCUCAAGGCGAGCCAAGCACUGAGGAACAUUUGCAGUUUUGUUGCAAGGGACGAGGGCGGACGGGCACAGCUUGUUUUUUUUUUUCCUUCUUUAAUUUAAUAUUAUUUCUUCAAAAGAAAUGUACAACUUUCACACUCCACUAUCAGCACAAACUGAGGAGAGCCACCUCUUACUCCUCUCCAAUUCACAUUUAAGCUUGCCUAAUUGAUAAGAAUAUAAUAUUCAUUUUUUUACUUUUUAAAAAAUAUUGCAGAAAAUAAAUGCAGCGAGAUGUUUUCAUGGUGAAUGCUGGGAUUUGAGUUGAGAUAAUGAUUCAAAUAAAGAAACAUCUUUUGGAACAGCAUUGCAUGAGUGGGUUAUUUUUUUUAAAUCUAUUUUUAAAUUACAGCUUUCACAUGCUUCAAAUCCCCUGACCCCCCCCCCACACCAAGUUUCAGCUGCAGCGCUCCACUGUAAGUUAGUCUUCCGGUCCUCUCGAGUGAAGGAUGGUGACAAAGGCAAUUAAUUUCUCACGAGAUAGGGGGAAGCUGCAGCGUCACUCAGCACCAGAGAGUUGAUCUGUUUUUUAGCAGCUCCCACCUCCAUCAUCCUCCCUGUGACAUGGAUUCCCAGCGCCUCAGCCUAAUCCAAGGGGGGGGGGGGGGGUAUGCCUGUAGUUAUUUAAGGCUUGACAGCGAGGAAAAGGACGGUUUAGAGAUCCUAACACCUCUAAGAAACCCCACUCAGAGCACCAAGGCUGCUUUCUGUGAUUGGGUGGCGGGCUGGAGAGACUGAAGCCAUUUCCCCAGUGAAUCAGCAGUAUGCAGCCGCAGGUUCUGCACUGCCCUGACUCAGCUCGGCAUUAUGAAUAACACCAGGACGGCGGAAGCACUGGGCUGCAGGCGUGUGUGAAGUGAAUUUGUAAAGAGCCACAGACUAAACAAAGUGUGUGCGCGCGUGCGUGUCUGAGAGACAGGGAAGCUGCGAGCAUCAAUAUGCAAAGAGGAAGUCUCACGUAACCUCUCUUCUCCUCCACCAUCAUGGUACAGUAUGUUAAACAAGUAAUAGUAUAAAAAAAAAACAUUUCAUAGAAUAGAAUGUCAAAGACAUUAAAAUCAUAGUUGAGUCAUAAAAUACAGUCAUAGUAUAGCAUGUCAUAAUAACUCACUAUACAAUAAUACAAAAUAAUUCAUCGUAUAAAAAAAAAAAAAUCGUUGAGCUUCUGCUAACCACACGGAAGGCUUAUGGCUGCGGCUACAGUUAAGAGAAGGUUAACCUUUUAUCUCAAUCUCACUAAUAGUUCCGUCUCUUACUUCAGCAAUAUUCUCCCGCUGCGGUUUCACUGAAGGCGACAGCAGGGGCCCCGGUGGCCUCCAUCCCACCACUUAAUUACCCUCAUGAAACGGUGGGUAGAAUGUCAGCCUGAAAUAAGCUGCGCCGAGCGCCGACGGAGAUCUGCCCCCCCCCCGGUGCUGCAGGACAGGUUCAACACUGUAGUUCUCCGCUUGGCCGGCAGGUGGCAGUGAUGUCGCCAAUACUUCAGCAUCUGUAGCCCAUAAUCACCUUCAUUUUUUCCCUUUUCUUCAAAUAUUUGUUUGUUUCCGAUGAAGCACAUCUUAACACAAAACAAAUGCACACUAUCACAGCAUUCAAAACAAACUCACCACAUUUAUUUAAUGCUAAAGCAUUGAAUUAAAAAAACAAAACAUGGUAUCAUCUUUGUCCUGGUUCAAUUAAAAUCUGAAUAAAGACAUGUGUCUGUGCACUUUGAAAACAAACAACAAAACACAUGCUCCAAAGACAAGUCGACCGAGAUCAGUGCAAAAGAAUCCUCCCCGGGGUAAGAAACAUUCCAAAUAAAAUAAAACCAUUGAAACAGUAAAGUGCAUUGUUUGGAGAAAAAGCCCUCAUAGUUGUAGAAACAGGCAGUGAGGGUCAAACACUGAAAACAAACGCUUCUUUAAAAAAAUAUGGGAGCGAGACACAAUGGAGUGCAUAAAGUAUGCACGGGUUCAAUCUUCAUCUGCACAUUCAUAGUUCAUUACUGUACAUACAAACCUGAACUCCAGUUGAAACAACACAUCCAGUGGUUUACAUGCAAACAUGUUUUUUUUAAUUCAGUUCUCACACACACUAAACGUAUGGUUACGUAUCGGAGGUCACACGAGGUCUCCAGUUUACCUGCUACACAUUCGUACGCAUCAUGCGGUCUCUCUCACACAUCUGCGCGGCUCCAGUCGCGUCCCUUCCAGUCCGUUGCGCUGAGGUUACAUGGUGUUGUAUAGCACAGUGACGGCUCGCUGCUUUUUCUCAGCGGAGCCUUUGCGAGAUCGUCUCGACGAGUGUCCCCUGCCCUGCUGACGCGUCGGCGCCACCGCGCCGCUCCCGUCCGGCUCCUCCCUC